AGACGGUGCUAGUGCUGGAAGACAGGAAUUAAACGUUUCAAGAAGUGUCGAAAACAACUUUUAAAGUUACAUAUGUAAGGGUUACAGCUUACGUCGGCAUGUGUUAGUAUCUUAAAGAGAAGCAGCAACUUUGGCAGUACGUCUCUCUUACUGCUAUAGGAAUUACAUUCACUUUCGGAAGAUGUCAGCCCCCAGCAACUCGCUUCAGCAGCCGAGGGUGAGACGCAGCAAUGCGGGCUCCCCCGGCUCGUUCAACAACAGCAGCUGCCGUUUGUACCCCAUCCGUGCCACCGUGCCCUACCAGCUCCUGCGUGCGGGUCAGAGCAGCCCGACGCGGGCGCAGACCCUCUACGGAGGAGCCACGAACAGCCGAGGCUCAAGCCCCCCCUCCAGCCCGACACUCAGUUCAGGAAGUGCAAAUGCAAAGCAAAGACUGUCCCCCGAAAAUAGGGACUCCUCCUGUCCCCCAGACUCUCCAGUUUCCAGAGCAGAAAGGUCCAAGUUACAGGUUCGGAGUUCCAGUGCCAUCCGGCGGACAUCUUCCCUGGAUGCCAUCACAGGGCCAUACCUCACCGGCCAGUGGCCCCGGGAUUCCCAUGGACCCUACCCUUCCUGUAUGAAAGACAAAGCCACACAGACUCCAGGUCUCUGGAUCGACGAAGGAGCAGAACAGGGAAGUCCUCACCAGAGGUCAGCCUCCUGGGGCAGCGCAGACCAUCUCAAAGAGCAGAUUGCUAAACUGAGACUGCAGCUGCAGCGCAGCAAACAGGUCAGUCGGCAGAGUAAAGACAGGGAGCAGAGCUCACUGCAGCUGCCACAACAGGCGCAGCACAGCAAUGCAUGCCAACCUCAGUACAAAGGAACUUCAUCAGCCUUGUCGACAAUCCCUGUGCCAAAAUCCCUCAUAUGCAGAGUGCCGAGCAGCGUGGAGGGCAUCAACCAUGAACUAGAAAAUGUGUUCAUCAGAGAGGACUGGGAGCAGGGGAUACAGGCCAUGGAUGUGGUGGAUGGCCGUCGCCCCCCCUUCCCUCCGCAUCGCUACAGCAAUGGCGGGGACACACGUGACACAGACACGCAGGCCCCUUCCAGUGGCGACUCCAGCCCAUCGCCCCGGCCCUGCAGCUCUGACCACCUCCACUCCCCCGACGGAAGCCCCUGUUCUGCAGAGGACAUCGACAAAGAUGGUGUGUGCAGUUCUCCUCUCCCUAAGUUUGCCACUUCUCCCAAACCUAACAACAGCUACAUGUUUAAACGGGAACCUCCAGAGGGCUGUGAGAAGGUCAAAGUGUUUGAAGAGUUGGUGUCUGGCAAAUCAAAAGGCUUCCCUCUUUUCUCAUGCCCGGACAAAAACAAGGUGAACUUCAUUCCCAGGGGCUCUGCCUUCUGCCCUGUCAAACUCCUCUGCUCCUCCCUCUUCUCCCCGGUUUCUCCCUCGUCCUGCUCCUCGGCCAGCCCCGGUGUUCAUGGCAACGAGAGCCCUGGGCCUCAGGUGACCCCGACUCUACCCACUGCACCACUACCUACCUUUCCGGCCUCCACUGACUGGAGCACCGACAAAAGCACAGGUGUAAACACAGACAACAGCACAGACAGCCAGAGCCCCGACGCAGAUAUGGGGAAAGAUGGCUCAGCACAAGUUCUCCUCACCAGCUAGUCCUCAGGUAUUCAUGACCAAACCACCUACAGCUCAAACAUUUCAACUAGUCAGGUGGUAAGGUUUCAAAAAAGAAAAAAAAAAAAAUUCCUUGCACUCCGUUAAUCCUAACAUUAGCCAGCAGGGAGUGCCCAAGGUCCAGAGAUGACAAACACUUUGGAGGAUAAUAGUACCAGCAUCCUGCUGCACAAGCAUUACUGCUCGGUCCCAGUGUUUGUCUCGCUCAUGUGAUGUUUUAUCAAGAAAAACUUGAUGGUUUGGCCGUUCCCAUUCAGAUUUUAGAGAGCACUGACCUUGGGCACAGCCUCCCUUCACCCGUCACUAACCUAGCCUUCUCCUCUGUACCCUGACAUCACCCAUAACAAAAAUAGCUUUGCUUUCUUUUGCAAAAAGUAGAGGUGACUGCUCAAAUUAUUGUGUUGCGUAGCGCCGGCAGUUCUAUCAAGUUGAAAUUAAAAAGGAAAAAUCCAAAACUUUGACAAGAGACAACUAUCAGAAACACAUUCUACUCAUGUUAUCUAACCAGCUUAUUAGCUGUUAAGUGUUCAGCGAGCUCAAAUCUAAAGUACAUAUAUGUAAGCUUUUUGACAGGAUGGGAAAUGCUUGUUUCAUCUUUUUAACAUACCGGGAUGUCUUACAGUCAGAAUACCUUUCCCCACAUUAACCACAAAGUUUGCACUUGUUAAGACCAGGUCCAUGGCCUUUUUUAUUUGUUUAUUUUAAAGUAUUCGUAGCACAGUGUCUGUGUGAAACCAGCAGUGACUGGAGUGCAGGCUCCACCCAACAGGCUUACAAUCCAAGACUUAGAUCUGCAUUUCUAGUCUGAUCACUAUUUAAACUCCGUAAGCUCAACACAAAAUGCUAAUAUCAGCUGUUUAUUCAGAGACCAAAAAACCAAUCACAAAGCACACAAAUCCCCCAUUGCCUUCUUUUAUUGCCCCACACUACCCAGAACAAUAACUCAGGUUAUGUGGAAUGUACUUGCUUGGACUAUGUUGCCUUUCCCCAGUGUUUGACUUUCUUCUACAGAAAGACAAUACAGUCUUUCGCAGAGAUGUUUUAUUUUUUCCCUGGAGAGGGAGGUUAUUACAGACUGAAUCAGCUGAUUGAUGUCACAAUUUGUGACAGAUGGCUUUUGCAUUAACCUGUUCAGGUUAGAGUUUCAGGUGCUAUGACACAUUCCAGAGAUCACCGUUGCAUUGGUCAACCGUGAGUUCUCAUGUAAAUGGAACUAGCUAAAUAAGCUACAUCCUCCCAAAAUUAAGAAGUUGACAAUUAUGUUGUUUGUUUUGCCCCUUUGUUAAAUAUAUACCAAAGCAAAUCUCUAAACAAUGAAAGGCCUGUCAUGUAUUUGGGACACAAGAGGCACCAUUUUUGUGCCAGAAGCAGAAUGUUUAAGUGUGUUUUUGUUUUGUUUAUAAACAGUUCAGCAACAUAUAAACACUGGUUCAUAGUGUUUGAAACACAGGCGCUAAUCGUUAAACCAAGUUUAAGCACUUAUGUGGAAGUGAGACGAUAAUCACUGUUUUUAUUUUGGACCAAUUUGUAAGUUAAAACAAUCAGAAGUUGAGUGUGCAAUUGAUUUUGUUUUUAAGUAAAUCUACACUAACAUUUUUUGUGUAACAAAGUUUGGCUCAAACUACAUAUCCUAGCAGAUGUGCCCUGACGUUACCUGCACAAGUUGUAUCACCGGAAUAUAUAUUAAAAAAAACAAAAAAAAAAAACAACAAAAAAACAUGACCCAUUUAGAGCGGGUUAACUUUGAACAGGAGGAUUAAACUAGUAAAUGUUCCAUUCCAAAACGUUGGUCUAUCUAGCCACUUGCGCACAGAUACAAAUAUGAACAACAUAUGCAAAGCAUUCCUCACAGUUUAAGUUGAAAUUCUCUGUUCUGCUUGCAGCUCCAAGAGUUUCAAUACUAAUUCUAAUUUUAUUCACAAGCUCAUUGUGCAGUGCAGUUAAGAAAUG